AUGUUUUCAAGCUUCAUUUUGGCAACGCCAGAACAGGACGCUGAAGUUAAGUUUUUUGAAAUUUUAACUAAUUGUAUGAAAGAAUACGCCUUGACCGAGGACGAUAUCAAUAAACUCAAAGAUCUUGCGCUACCAACCGGAGCAAACAGUCCUUGUUACAUGGCCUGCGUUAUGAAACAAUUUGGUGUGAUGGACGACUCCGGCAUGGUCCGUGCAAAUAUUGACGCAGAAAAAGCUAAACCAUUAGUUAAAGAUCCUGAAGGACUAAAUAAACUUGACGGAUAUCUGGAAACUUGCUCAUAUGUAAACAACGAAUCUGUUAGCGACGGUGAAAAAGGUUGUGAUCGGGCCGUGCUUUUUUACAAAUGUAUGAUGGAAAAUGAUAUAAAGAUUUUCCAAUUCUAA